AUUUUGGUGUAGUCCCUUUAUCUUCCAAAAUAGUUAAUCCCUUUCACUUUGCGGUAUCAAUGAGUGCAAUUUUUCCCAAUUGACCGACCAACGAGUUCAGUUGUUUGGCUUUGGGGCAGUCUCCGAUCCAGAAGAAACUCUCGCUCCAUGGAUUAGGUUACAGAAAUUGCAUACUCCCUUAGUGCUAUGGACAAGACUGUAUUUUCCGAGCCGAGAUGAAAAACAUAUAACAUGGAUGUUUGUUGGGGAAUCUGUUUUGAAAAUUGCUCUCUAAAUUGUACGUGAAGUUACUUUCUCACCAAAACAGUAGGGGGCGAUGAUAUAAACAUAUUAAGAUCAAGUCACAGCUUCUAAUAUGAUUGGUGCACUGAUAUUGUAUCCUCCUUGGUACAUGAACCAAAUUAGAAUGAACCUUUUUGGCUUUGGAGAGAAUAACUUGUGAUAAAAAAUGGAAGCUAGGAAGAAAUUUUGGGCUUUGACAGCUGACACCAAUUUGAAACUAAGCUGAAGGAUUCUCUUAAAUAACAUCACAUUCCUUCUUAAAAUGGGAAAACCCCUAGAAGAAAAGUCUGAACCAACCAAUAGACAGAUCAGAAGUGGUACAAAAUGCAAUUCUAAACAGACUGUAGAGAAAUCAAAUGAACGUCCUGAAUGGUUACCUGACGGCUGGAAUGUGGACUUCAGAACUCGAAGAAGUGGUGCAAAUAUGGGACAUGGGUAUAAGUGUUACAUUAAUCCAAGCGGGAACAAAUUCUACUCCAAACCAGAGGUGUUACGAUAUCUUGAGACUGUAAACAGCAACAGCUGUACUUCCAAUAAGGAACAGAUAUGCAAAGGCAAUGAUGCAAUUGAGAAGUUCACUGCAAAGGAUUUACCACCUGGGCUGAUAACAGAAAUCAAGAUUAGGAAGGGAAGCAAUGGCAAUAGGAUAGAUCUGGAUGUGAUUGAAAAGUCCUCAGCGGAGGAUUUACCACCUGGGUGGAUUACAGAAGCCAAGGUUAGGAAGGGUGGUAAUGGCAAUAAGAAAGAUCUGUUUUAUGUAGAUCCAGCAAGUGGAUAUGUAUUUCGUUCCAAGAAGGACGCAUUGCGCUAUCUUAAGUCUGGAGAUAUAAAUACGUGUGUGCUUAAACCAUUUAAAAGACAUAUCAAAGAUGAAGAUAAAAUAACUCCGUCAUCUACUGGCAAAAAACAGAAAGUAAAGCACUCUGCCACAAAACGACAACUUUUUGUAGAAUUGCCAGAUGCUAAUGACUUGAAGAAAGGGCAAGUUGUGACAGAUUCUUCUGGAAUGAUGGUUGCUCCUGUUCCCCUGAGUGAACCUCUUGUCACGAAUCAAUCUUUAGAGAAUGCAGUUGCACACUCUCCUGAAAUGAAGAAAACAUCUGAUCCAGAUGAUGUGCAAGAGAAGAAUCGCGUUGUUAAUGUGUUGGAGCAUGCUAGUAAGAAGAAUCAUGGCAACCGUAGUUUAUCCAAAACCAAGGAGUCAGAUGUGGCUCGCCGUGUUUCACGGAGACUUUCUGGGGCAGAACCGGAUCAGUUGACCAAUGUGGAUAAUGAACAGACUCUUCAAGUUUCUAAAAGAAACUUGAGAAAAAGUAGAAGUGAUUUAGACACUGAUUUGACAAAUAAAUCAUUUCAGCAGCUGAAUGGUGUCCUAGAAAUUGAGCCUUCACAUAAAAUGCAAGGAGAGGUGCUAUUGAACUCCAAUAAAUCCAGCAACAAGAAAGAGCAACAGAUUCUUUGUCGCACUUCAAAACGAUUAGCUGGAUUUGAACCUGAGCUGAACGGAUCCAUCUCCAACGAAAGAGCUCCCGAAUAUAGUAAAAAGUCUAAAGGUAAGGCCACUGCAACCUUCCAGCAAAGUGAUGGUCGACCAAUAAUGGAGCUUGCAGAUCAUGCAUCAAUAAAUGGCGAGUCAUCAAAUAAAGGAAGAAAAAUUCCUGAAACCAGACCCAUAACUUGCGACCAGCUGAAGAAAUUUGAUGAUGAAGAAAUGAAUAAUGAUGAGAAAUCAGAACCUGAGCAAUCCUUAGCAUUUCACUAUUCUUGGUCUGACCCAUGCUUGGAAUUUGCGAUUCAGACCGUCACAAGUGCAUUACCAGCAGAGGAUUCAGUUGGUAAUUUACCUGCUAGGGUUUCUGAAACUGAUAUGUUUGCCAAAAAUAAGUUGGUUGAGGGUAUUUCAGGAAGUAGCAGUGCCAAAAACUCAAGUGUAAACUCAAAGAAAUCCAAGAACAAGAAAGAGCUUACAAGGCCUAGGCGUUUGUCAAAGCGACUUGCUGGCAAUGAACCUGAGAUACUGCCUACUGAAAAAGCUAUUGAAUAUGCCGCUAGAAAAUCGUGCAAUGAAAAACCUGCUGCUACUGCAAUUUUAAUUAAUGAAGUGUCUGGGCAUCUUCAUGCCAAGGAAGAAUCCAAGCUCAUUGUCCAGGAAUCUGACAGGUUGAAAACAUUAUGUGGGGAAUCAUCAAGCAAGAGUGAGAAGUCAUAUGAUACCCAAACUGUUACCGAUGAACAAUUGCAAGCUGCAAAUGUUGAUGAUAACAAAUCAGAUCCACAGUUCCCCUCACCGUUUGGGGACUCCUGGUCAGACCCAUGCCUAGAAUUUGCAAUCAAGACUCUCACUGGUUCUUUGCCAGUUGAAGCUCCUGCUGCUGCUGACAUUUUGCCUGUAAUGGAUAUUGAUAUUAAUGACCCACCGAAUAAGGAAUUACUUGAAUGUAUGGAGCAGAAGAGUACCAAUGAAGAAGCUCGUGAUAACCCGAACCCAUCCCAGACCAAGAAAGUGUUUAAUACUGUUUGCCAGCCACUGAAACAAGACCUGAAUCAGCCCGAGUUGACGAUCUUUUCCACAUCCUGUGGAAAUGAUCCUAAAUUUGCAACUAGAGAGUCUUACAAGGAUGAAGUCAGUAUAACCAGGAAUUCUAUUGGGAGAGAAUCCCAACGUAUUGAAGCUAGCAAUGCAAGACAAAUUGAUAUAAACAAAACAAUACUUGAAGAAGAGCCUUCAGAGGAAAAACAUGUUCUUGAGGGUGAAUCUGUGGCAGAAAAACCACAACCCGAAACAAUAAACCUUGAUUAUACUGAAAGAGCAUUUUGUGUUCCAUUUAUGGAUUCUUGGUCAGACCCAUGCCUAGAUUUUGCAUUUAAGACUCUUACAGGCACAACAAUACCAGUAGAGGAAAACAUAGCAAUUCAAGGAGGUUUCCAGGAACCGGUGAAUCGCCAUGACCAGAGAAAUGGCAGUUUGACUGUGCCAGAUUUUGGAUUUACCAGCAUUUCUCAUAGUCAUCGUGGUUUGUCAUUUCUCAAUGAUAUAGGGGAGAAGUCCAACCCAGGGCAGCAGUCAUCAACGAGUUCUUCAUUCCUUCCACAGGAAAAACCGAGCGUGCAUGGUUUCUCGGGGGUUGCUCCUCAAGAACAAUUCUUUCAGUAUAGUAAUAAUUUUCAGAAAAGGUGAAUUCGCAAAACACUGGUAGCUAGUCCCAGAAUAUAAAUAAAAUAGCUUUUGGUAAUCGUCGACUGUACUUGUGCAGACUGCUAAAUCAAUGUCAUGAUGCAUCCUUUUUAUUUUUAUGGUGACAUUUGUGAAUACAUUCUGAACACAAGCUCUGGUUUAAUGUGUUGUAUUGCCUUCUGAGAACAUCUGGGUGUUAACUUUGUGAAGAUGUUUGUGAUUUCAAGUA